AUGAAUUUGAAAUUUGAAAUGAAGGGUAGUGUCAAUGGACAUUACUUUGAGAUCGAAGGUGAAGGAAAAGGAAAGCCUUACGAGUAAGUGUCUCUUAAAAGACAGACCACGAUGAAUUAUUUCAUUAUCAUAUAUUACGAUUUAUUUUUAAACAUAGAGUUGAUAAGAUCACAUUGCAGUCGUCACAUAAGGGCCUGACAUCAAAGUAUCAAUGAUUUUGGGAAAUUAUCAAAAAUGAAUAAAUACUUUUUUUGAAAAGCAAAUUGAACAAGAUCAAAGAUUCAUAUGAAGAUUUUCAGCAAAAACUGUCUUGUUUUUAUUCGAGUUUGCAAAUUACCUACAGCCUAUGACAGCAACUUUUCAUCUGCUUCCGUAGUCAGACGAGGUUUAAAGGCUACUGCAGAGCUUAAUCAUGGCUUAAUUCAUUUGCGAUACAAAUUACCAACAGCCUAUGACAUCGACCGAUUCUUCAUCUGCUUCCAGAACCAAGCGAAGUGUAAAGCUACCUCAAAUUAUCGUAUAAAAGCUCAGUCAUAGCUAAAUUUAUUUGCGAUACUUUUUUAGGUCAUACAUGAGCUGUUUCUGAAAAUAAUUUCCAACACUCUUCUCAUCUUAUUUUAGAGGAGUACAGAAGUCUACGUUUUGGGUAACCAAGGGAGGACCCCUUCCAUUUUCCUUUGACAUACUGUCGUCAGUGUUCAAAUAUGGAAACAGAUGCUUUACUAAGUAUCCCGCCGGCAUGCCUGACUAUUUCAAAGAAGCAUUUCCUGCUGGAAUGUCAUUUGAAAGGACAUUUACAUUUGAGGAUGGAGGAGUUGCUACAGCCAGUGGAAACAUUUGGUAUAAAAGUGAUGAUUAGUAUCGGAUUGACACAAUACUCUUUAAAAUUAAUCUUCAAGGUCAUUUUUCACACGGAGAAGGGUGUGCCCUUUUUGAAAGUGUAACUUAGUUGUGAUUCUACCGAGAACGCUUCUUGUCUAGCUACAGGGGAACAAACAUACACAAAAAGCAUAAUUACCAGAGAAUAUGCAGACUACUAAAUUUUGAAAUAGGCAUCUGUGAGAAAAUGGAUUAAGUUAGAAAAACGUCGUAACAUUAUUCUACAGAGUACAUUGCACUCUAGGUAUGUGACACAGUUACAAGAGUUAUUUUACGUAUUUUAAUUGAUAUCUCAAAUUUUCUUAAUUAUACAGUCUUGAGGGAAAUUGGUUUAAGCACAUAUCCAUGUUUCAUGGCGUUAACUUUCCCGCUAACGGACCCAUAAUGGAAAAGAGGACAAUUGGCUGGGACCCUUCCUUUGAGAAAAUGACCGUCUCCAACAACAUGUUGAGAGGUGAUGUAACUAUGUUCCUACAACUCAAAGGAGGCGGUUAUCACAGUUGCCAGUUUCACACUUCUUACAAGUAAGUGUUCUGUCUCUGUAACAGCUCCAACGGUUGAGUAUCAUUCCUUUUGAGCAUUUAAAUCUCAUCUUCUGUGUUUUACGGGAUAAAAGCAACCGAAGAGAACGCUGGGAUGAAAAAGGCCUUGAGAAAACGGCUUAAUACUAAUUUCCCUUGUCGAUAAAAUGUUUGGGAUCGAAUAAGAUUCUCCACAAGAUACUAAAAGUUAUCUAUUACAAUAUCCCUUAAAGCUUAGAACGUUCCCUUCCCUGUAUUUCUUAGUAAAAGAUGUUCAGGGAAAAAUAAUCAUCAUUAAUACAAGUAAUUGCUGAACUUCACUGUACCAAAAGCAAAGUUCAAAAGCAUUGAUGUUCAUAAAAUAAUUAAAAACCCAACGCUGAUAGGUAACGUAAAACACGUAUCUUGUACUUUUAUAAGUAUUUUUUUCCUUUUGCACAGAACAAAGGAGCCGGUCACGCUGCCUCAGAACCACGUCGUAGAACAUCGCAUUACGAGGACCAACAUUGAAGACAAAAGGGUCCUGCUGGAAGAAACUGCUGUGGCUCAUGUAAACCCUUUAUAA